UGUUGUUUAUUUGUCGUCCUCCGGGCUGUUUCACCGACUGUCCUCCAAACACUGACACCGACCAUGAGCGCUCUUCAGCGGGUUGCGUGUGUGCUCCUCCUCGGCCACCUCUGGGCCUCUCUCACCCCGGCCACCACCUGCCGAGUCCACAUCCCGCCUCACGACCAGGUGGCCCGGGUCGCUCGCUUCGUCGCCCACCAGUGUGACUGGGCCUCCAUGGCCACCAUCUCCACCCACAAGCCGGUGGUGGGACAGCCGUUCUCCAACGCUUUCUCGGUCAGCGACGGACCGAAGGGCUCCAGCACCGGGGUGCCCUACAUGUACCUGACCCGCAUGGAGAUCUCCGUGCAGGAUUUGGAGGUGAACCCUCAGGCGUCCCUGUCCAUGUCUCUGGCUCAGACUGAUUACUGCAGACAGCAGGGCUUCGACCCUCAGAGUCCCCUCUGCGCUCACAUCAUCCUGUCUGGAUCUGUGGUGGAGGUGAACGGGACGGAGGCGGCGUUUGCCAAGAACGCUCUGUUCAGUCGACAUCCGGAGAUGAUCGACUGGCCGUCUGAUCACAACUGGUUCUUCGCCAAGUUCAACAUCACACAGGUGUGGGUGCUGGAUUAUUUUGGCGGGGUGAAGACCGUCACUCCGGAUGAGUACUUCCAGGCUUCGCCGCACAGGAAGCACCACUGACGGAGGCCGACGGUGCGCGACCCGGAUCGAACCUGAGACCAGGUCUGAAUCUCUUUCUGCAAGACGUUCCAUAAACUCUUGAGGAGAAACCGUGAACACUGACUGAACAGCUGCUGUUCAAGAUCUGCAACAAGCAGGACGAACAAAGCAUACAGGAGUUCAUCUGAAACACUGGAAACUGAGCUGAACAUGUUCAGUCAUAUUUUCCUUCAGCUUCAAUCAUUCAAGUCCACAUAAAAAUAUUUCACUUGGACAAAAACAUCUUUGAUUGAAAAAUUAACAUUAACACAUGAAGAGAAAGUAUUUCAAAAUAAAAUUCUUCAUUGAAUAUAUUUGUAAAUUGGCAAAACUGAAAUUUUAAUUAGAUUAAAACUGACUAAAAAAAUUCAAAUGAUGUCCAGGAAUAAUGAUCCUCAUCACAGUGUUAAAUAAAAUAAUCAACAGUGCCUCAUCAGUCGAUCAGUUGAGCUGGUUUUUAGUUUCUGUUUCCUGAAGACAAUAUUUUCUUACCUACAAAUUAAAUUUUAACAGUUUAUUGUGUGUGUUCAGGGUUUUGAAAUAUAAAUGUCUGACUGUAUAUGUGUGACAUUAUAUCAGGUGUGUCUUGUUGUCCUUGAGUUUGACCACCAGAUGGAGCUGCUGAGUGACUUCAAAAACAGAAAUAAGAAUAAGAAUAAUUCAAUAAUUGAGAGUAAAUAAUCGUUUGUAUUUUUAGCUUCUUUCCUUAAUGUUCUUUAAAAUUUGCAUUAAAAUCACUCAAACUGAAGAUAAAAUUGAAAAUAUCUGAACAAGAAAACAUGCCUCUGUGCCUUUUCAGAUAUUUCCUGUAAUAGCAAACACACUUUAAUUGAAUCGGUCGUUUUCUUUUUCUUUCUUUGGCUUUGUGGCUCCGUGCGGCUCAACACACCAAACUCCAUUCA